AUGGAGACUGAAAAAGAAUUUCGGAAAGUUCUUAAUUCACUGUAUGCACAAGAGGAAAAACUGCAUGAGGUUAAAGCAAACAUUAUUAUAUAUAGGCUAGGUGAUUAUGGUGAUUCUGACACGUUUUUCGUAAUUGGAGAUGAGAAUGCUAUAGUACUCAGCCGGAAAAUUCAUUUAUCUUGAGGUAGGAACACACGCACUCAUUCAAGGAGAGUAAUGGAAAAAUUUCUGACCGUUCACUUUCCUCCACUUUACCAAGCAGAAAAGGUGUAACUUCCUAACAUCAAACUUGUUAUCAUAUCCUGUCGCCCGAUGAAGAUACGAGUCCAUUUUCACUAAGCCUUUGAAACUUCCUGAAUAUUUUGAGCGGAAGAAACAGGCUCACAUUACCGCUCUCUGGUUAUAACAGCCUGAAUGUACAACAUUCUAUAUUUUCGCCUAUCUUACUCGGCUUGAGACUUGUUCCAAUUCUUCUAAACCUGGUUUAAUUCAAGUUGCACUUAAAAGUUUAAAAGGGAAGAAUUUUACAAAUAAUUCCUGUUCGUCAAAAGUUAAGAGUAUAGGAUUUAGAAUAACGAUGUAUUCAUGUAUAGAAUAGCGUAGAGAUACCUCAACAAAAAAAGAAACUGACAAGUUGAUCGCAGUUUUAUUGGAGCCGGUCAUAUUUUUAUAGUUAGUAGUGCCGAUGAAACAAACAUUUUUUCCACAAAGAUCUAAGCAGUGAUUCGAACUCUGGAGAAGGACUGAAAUCGUUUUGACUUCUCUUCAACUAAGACACCAUCUCAAAUCACCUGUUCGUAGCUGCAAAGCGCAAUUUUCAUACGAUCCUGCCUUAUCAGGGAGUUUUUUUGCUAUGUUCUUUUUUACAGGCUUAAAUGUCUUCAAAUAUCCACCGACAGUGAGACAAAAUAGUUCUGAAUAAACAAACGCAGAUAACUUUUUACCUCUUGAACCUUGCACUUUCCGUGUGGUAUAUUUUGUUAAACUUUCCACUAAGAAGUGUAAUUCUAACUGAGUAAAAUUAAUUUGGCUUCAUCUCAUAACAAAACAAUAAGUAUUUCCUCUAUUCAACUCAAUGGAUCGACUGAGCAUAGUCGCAUGGAUCUUACAGCUAUUUCAGUUAUUACUUUUUAGAGAUUUGUUCAAACAUCGGACAUUUCCACUCUUCAUGGCUUCAGCAAACCAUACAAAUCAAGACUGAACUCCAGUGUAUUGAAAGGCGUAGAAAUAUCGAUUUUGUCUUAUCGCUUUUCAGGCUUAGAGAGGAUGGCGGAUGCCGUGUACACAUUUUUCGCUAUUUUGGCCACACUCAUUGGAGGAAGCGGUGUGAUCCUUAACUUUCUCGUGUGUUUGAUGUACUUCGCAACUCCGAAGCUUUUAGAUGCCACUAACAUCUUCAUGCUCAACAUGGCGGUUGGAGACUUCACUUACUCAAUCGUGGCUCUUCCUCUUCUGGUCGCUUCCAACGCUCGGGGUGAAUGGGCAUUUGGAGAAGCAGGUUGUACCGCUUAUGCCUUUAUCACGUUUUUUUUUGCACUUGGCACCAUGAUGCUACUGGCGGUUGCUGCUUACGAGCGUUACUUCACGCUAUGUAGGUUGUACAAUGACGGUCAAACUCAGUUCAGUAAGAAAAGAGCAAUCGUUCUGUGCGCACUGAUAUGGUGCUAUUCUCUGUUCUGGAGCGUGAUGCCGGUUCUUGGUUGGUCCAGAUACAUCCCGGAAGGUAUUGGUACCAGUUGUUCAGUGGACUGGACUUCAAAAGAGCAAGGUGAUGUGUGGUUCACCAUCCUUUUGAUCCUGGGCUGCUUUCUGCUUCCUGUUUCCAUCAUUAUCUGCAGUUACCUCAAGACCUUCAGGGCUUUGAGAAAGUUAAGCCAACAAGCGUUGCAGAAUUGGGGAGAAAACAACCGUGUCACCCAAGAAACCCUCAAGGCAGAAAGUAAGAUGAUGUGGAUAAUAAUCGCUAUAACAGCAGGAUUCCUCUUUGCCUGGACGCCGUAUGCCUUAACUGCAGUAGUGGCCAUUAUAAACCCAAACAGGAUCAGCCCUAUUGGGGCCACGAUUCCAGCUUACAUGGCCAAAUCUUCAGCUUGCUACAAUCCAAUAAUUUACGUGUUCAUGUAUAGAAAGAUGCGAAGCAGAUUGGGGGCAAUACUUUGUUGCAAGAAAUCUCAAGUUCAUCCAGACGCACAAAUUGCUUCUGAAAUGGCAAGCUAUCAGAAAAGUGCAGCGGCUACAUAUGCUGGACGAGGAACUUCAUUCGAUGAUCAAAACGUAGACUUUCCCCACUCAGCCUGA